AUGAUGCAGGCGAGCAUUUACAUACUAAUUUCGACAUUAGUAGCAGCCAACGCAAAGAUAUUAAGAAACAAUGCACUCAUGACCAAAAUGGUCUCCAACUUUCAUAAAGACAUCGACACAUCCGCCACCAAUCAAGAUAAAUCCGAGCCCGUGUUGCAAAGAAUGCAAAACUUGCUUUGCCACAAUUUUCGAACCAUACCUUGCGAGAUGAUAACUCGAGAUGAAACACUACGGAAAUUGAUAGAAAAGUCAAUACAACAAAUUAACUACAAAAAGCUUCGAAUGGACAAGACAACCCAAUCACCGAAAUACUUAACUCUCUUCCCAAUGAGCAGCGGCGAUAUUCACGAACAAAAACCUAAAAAACAAAAACACAAGCAUAGGAAUAAAGAACGCCACGUGUUAAACAGAAAGAAGCUGCGUAAAUUUUACCCACACAAAGUGAAAUACAAAGACAAGAAUGUCAACUUCCACGAGUCUGAAGAAAAACUUUCUAUGUCAGUAGAACAUAUACCGGAUGUGGCCCAGGCGAGGAAACGCGUCACUUACAAAAUGGAACAGGAGGAACCCUUUUGGAGAAUAGAUUACAUGAAACACGAGGAACCUAACGCUCAUAUGUUUGGAUACAUGGACCGACUCAAGGAUAAGAUCAUUAAGUCCAGCCAAACUGUCAUCGUCGAUGGAAGACCAGCGUUUGGAGUUUUCGUUGAAUUGUAUAAGAAAAAGGACAAUUCGUGGGCACUGUGGCACAAUACGGCGACGUCGAGUGAUGGCAGAGUACUUUUCCCGUUCACGAAAGAGUCAAUGGCAGCAGGAACUUAUAAGCUAAAAUUUAAUAUCGAAGAUUAUUAUAAGCAGUUGGAGAAAGAAACAUUAUAUCCCUAUGUGGAGAUUGUAUUCAAAACUGAAGAGGAGCAGCACUAUCACAUUCCCUUACUGUUAAGCCCUUACGGUUAUUCCACUUACAGAGGAAGCUAAAAUAAAUAUUAUUUAAAUAUAGUUAGUUUUCGAUCUGAUUUUUAAUAAAACUUGUUUGUUUACUA